CUGCUGCCAUUGCCACUCACACUCCUCGCGCGCCGCUCGGAGCCGGAGGGAGCGCAGGGAGCGAGCUAGCGAGCGCUCGGAGCCCAGGCCAGCAGAGGGGGCGCCCGGCCGCCGUCUGCACCGCCGCCUCCGCCGCGCUCCGGGGCCCGGGGAGGAGCGAGGGAGAGUCGGGAGCCCAGCCGGCGAGACCUAACUGCGGGAGGGCGCCCGCCCCACUCCGCCGCCUCCUGCGCGCGAGCCGGGGAGCCCCAGCCGAUCGCCCCGCGGGCCGGAGGGCAGGGAGCACAGGUCCCCGCAGCCCCAGGGAUGGUCUAGGAGCCGGCGCGAGGCUCGCCGUCUGCUCCCAGCCGGGGCUCGCCGCCUGCUGCGGAUCGGCCAGGGGCUGCCGGGGUCUGCGCGCCGCGCCGGCCCAGGCCGGAGAAGUUAGUUGUGCGCGCCGCUCCAGCGCGGAGUCCGCGAGCGAGCGAGGGAGGCGGAGAGGCGCCGCGGCCAUGGGCUGGGGGAGCCGCUGGGGCUGCCCGGGACGCCUGGACCUGCUGUGCGUGCUGGCGCUGCUCGGGGGCUGCCUGCUGCCCGUUUGCCGGACGCGAGUCUACACCAACCACUGGGCAGUCAAAAUCGCCGGCGGCUUCGCGGAGGCCAACCGCAUCGCCAGCAAGUACGGAUUCAUCAACAUAGGACAGAUCGGGGCCCUGAAGGACUACUACCACUUCUACCAUAGCAGGACGAUUAAAAGGUCAGUUCUCUCGAGCAGAGGAACCCACAGUUUCAUUUCAAUGGAACCAAAGGUGGAGUGGAUCCAACAGCAAGUGGUAAAAAAACGGACAAAGAGGGAUUAUGACUUCAGCCGUGCCCAGCCGACUUACUUCAACGAUCCCAAGUGGCCGAGCAUGUGGUAUAUGCACUGCAGUGACAACACACAUCCCUGCCAAUCAGACAUGAACAUCGAAGGAGCCUGGAAGAGAGGCUACACGGGAAAGAACAUCGUGGUGACCAUCCUGGAUGACGGCAUUGAGAGAACCCACCCGGAUCUGAUGCAGAAUUAUGAUGCCCUGGCGAGUUGUGACGUGAAUGGGAAUGAUCUGGACCCAAUGCCUCGAUACGAUGCAAGCAACGAGAACAAGCAUGGGACCCGCUGUGCUGGAGAAGUGGCAGCUGCAGCAAACAACUCUCACUGCACGGUCGGAAUUGCUUUCAAUGCCAAGAUCGGAGGGGUUCGGAUGCUGGAUGGAGAUGUCACGGACAUGGUUGAAGCGAAAUCGGUUAGCUUCAAUCCCCAGCACGUGCAUAUCUACAGUGCAAGCUGGGGCCCGGAUGAUGAUGGCAAGACCGUGGACGGACCGGCUCCCCUCACCCGCCAAGCCUUUGAAAACGGCGUUAGAAUGGGGCGAAGAGGCCUCGGCUCUGUUUUUGUCUGGGCUUCAGGAAACGGUGGAAGGAGCAAAGACCACUGUUCCUGUGACGGCUACACCAACAGCAUCUACACCAUCUCCAUCAGCAGCACGGCCGAGAGUGGAAAGAAGCCUUGGUACCUGGAAGAGUGUUCGUCCACACUGGCCACCACAUACAGCAGCGGAGAGUCGUACGACAAGAAAAUAAUUACUACAGAUCUGAGGCAGCGCUGCACGGACAACCACACUGGGACCUCGGCCUCGGCCCCCAUGGCCGCGGGCAUCAUCGCGCUGGCCCUGGAAGCCAAUCCGUUUCUGACCUGGAGAGACGUGCAGCAUGUUAUUGUCAGGACUUCCCGUGCGGGACAUUUGAACGCUAAUGACUGGAAAACCAAUGCUGCUGGUUUUAAGGUGAGCCACCUGUAUGGAUUUGGACUGAUGGAUGCGGAAGCCAUGGUGACGGAAGCCGAGAAGUGGACCACCGUUCCCCAGCAGCACGUGUGUGUGGAGAGCACAGACCGGCAAAUCAAGACCAUUCGCCCCAACAGUGCGGUGCGCUCCAUCUACAAAGCUUCAGGCUGUUCCGAUAACCCCAACCACCACGUCAACUACCUGGAGCACGUCGUUGUGCGCAUAACCAUCACCCAUCCCAGGAGGGGAGACCUGGCCAUCUACCUGACCUCGCCCUCAGGGACCAGGUCCCAGCUUCUGGCCAACAGGCUUUUUGAUCAUUCUAUGGAAGGAUUUAAAAACUGGGAGUUCAUGACCAUUCAUUGCUGGGGAGAGCGAGCCACCGGUGACUGGAUCCUUGAAGUUUAUGAUACCCCCUCCCAGCUGAGGAACUUCAAGACUCCAGGCAAAUUGAAAGAAUGGUCUUUGGUCCUCUAUGGUACCUCCGUGCAGCCAUACUCACCAACCAACGAGUUUCCUAAAGUAGAACGUGUCCGCUACAGCCGAGUCGAAGACCCCACCGAUGACUACGGCACAGACGAUUAUGCAGGUCCCUGUGACCCUGAGUGCAGUGAGGUGGGCUGUGACGGGCCAGGACCAGACCACUGCAAUGACUGCUUAAACUACUAUUACAAGCUGAAGAACAACACGAGGAUCUGUGUCUCCAGCUGCCCCUCUGGCCACUACCAUGCUGACAAGAAGCGAUGCAGAAAGUGCGCCCCCAACUGUGAGUCCUGCUUUGGGAGCCACGGUGACCAAUGCCUGUCCUGUAAAUACGGAUACUUCCUAAAUGAAGAAAUCAACAGCUGUGUUCUCCACUGCCCCGAUGGAUCAUACCCGGACCCCAAGAAAAAUCUUUGCCGGAAAUGCAGUGAAAACUGCAAGACAUGUACUGAAUUCCACAACUGUACAGAAUGCAGAGAUGGGUUAAGCCUGCAGGGGUCCCAGUGCUCCGUCGCCUGCGAGGACGGCCAGUACUUCAAUGGCCACGACUGCCAGCCCUGUCACCGCUUCUGUGCCGCCUGUGCUGGGCCGGGCGCGGACGCGUGUAGCAGCUGCGCCGAAGCCUACUUCAUGGAGGACGGGCGCUGCGUGCAGACCUGUAGCCUCAGCUACUACUUGGACCGCUCGGCAGAGAACGGACACAAAUCCUGCAAGAAAUGUGAUGCUAGCUGCCUGACGUGCAGCGGUCCGGGCUUCAAGAACUGUACGAGCUGCCUCAGCGGGUACCUCUUAGACUUAGGGACGUGUCAGAUGGGAGCCGUCUGCAAGGACGGAGAAUACAUUGAUGAGCAUGGCCACUGCCAAGUCUGUGAAGCCUCAUGUGCCAAGUGCUGGGGGCCAACUCGGGAAGAGUGCACUGACUGCCCCAUCACAAGGACUUUUGACAAUGGCCGCUGUGUUUUCAAAUGUCCCUCAGGGACAUUUGAAUUUCAGAAUGAAUGUCAUCUAUGCCACCACACCUGCCAAGAAUGCCAAGGAAAUGAGCCUUCCAACUGUACUUCCUGUGGAGUAGAUAAGCUUGGCCAGGAGCGCUUCCUGUAUCAGGGGGAGUGUUGGGAGAGCUGCCCAGCAGGCCACUAUCCUGCCGAGGGGCACACCUGCCUGCCCUGCUCAGACAACUGUGAACUUUGUCACCGUGCACACAUCUGCACACGAUGCAUGGAUGGCUACUUCAUAGUGCCCAGCAACCACACCUGCCAGAAGUUGGAGUGUGGACAAGGUGAAGUUCAAGACCCAGACUAUGAAGAAUGUGUGCCUUGUGAAGAAGGAUGUCUGGGAUGCAGCUUGGAUAAUCCAGGAACCUGUACAUCAUGCACUACGGGGUAUUACAUGUUUGAACAGCACUGCUACAAGACCUGUCCUGAGAAGACCUACAGAGAAGAAUCUGAAUGCAAAGCAUGUGAGACCAACUGUGGCAACUGUGACCAGCGUCAGUGCUACUGGUGUGAAGAGGGCUUCUUUCUCCUGGACGGCUCUUGUGUCAGGAGAUGUGGCCCUGGCUUCUACGGCGACCCAGAGCUGGGACAGUGUGAGCGCUGCCACCCGGCCUGUGAGACCUGCACCGGCUUUGGACACCAGCAGUGCAGCAGCUGCAGGGAAGGACAGCAGCUGCGGCAGGGGACGUGUGCGGGGCCGGCCCAGGUCCAGGUGGAAGGGAGACUCGGGAAUGAGCCCGGGCCCACUGAAAGCCCAUCUUCGGCGAGGAGCCUUCCACAGAAGCGACGGCGGAAGUUUCAAAUCAAAAGAGACAUUUUGAGAGGACACCAGCCUUGUCAUCCUUCUUGUAAAACCUGCAAUGAGUCUGCGACGCUGUGCACUUCAUGUCCAAAAGGCACAUAUCUGCUGGCCCAGGCCUGUGUCUCCUCCUGUCCCGAAGGCACGUGGCCCUCGGCAAGGAGUGGAAGCUGCGAGAACUGUACAGAGGACUGUGUCUCCUGCUCUGGAGCCGAUCUCUGCAGAAAGUGCCAGACAUCACCAGACUUUCCUCUCGUCCUCCACAAAGGCAGGUGCUACACCAGGUGCCCUGAGGGCUUCUACACAGCAGACAGCACAUGUAAGCCCUGCAGCACUCCUUGCAGAACCUGUGAAGGAAAUGCCACCAACUGCCACUCUUGCCAAGGAAGCCUCACCCUGCACCAGGGAGCAUGCCGGGAAGCCUGCCCCGAGAGGCACGUGGCCGUGGAGGGGGUGUGCAAGGCUUGCCCUGAGAUGUGUCAGGACUGCAUCCAUGAGAAGACGUGCAAAGAGUGUAUGCCUGAGUCCUUCCUGUACCAGGAUAUGUGUCAUCAGUCCUGUCCCCGCGGCUUCUACGAGGACACACGCGAGUGCAUCCCCUGCCACGAAGACUGUCUGGAGUGUAGUGGCCCCUCGGCGGAUGACUGUGACCUCUGUGCCGAGCCAUCCCUGGUUCUCUAUGAUGGGCGGUGUUUGGACGAGUGUCCAGUGGGAACCUACUAUGAGAAAGAGACUAAGGACUGCCGAGAUUGUCACAAGUCCUGCCAGACCUGCUCAUCCCCCGGGACCUGUGUGACCUGUCAGGAAGGUCUUCUGGUCAACCACCACGGGGACUGUGUGCCUCACAAGGAAUGCGCUCCCUCUGAGUACUGGGACGUAGAGGCUCUGGGAUGCAAGCCCUGCCAUGCCAAGUGCUUCCGCUGCACGGGGCCUGCCGAGGACCAGUGUCACGCCUGCCUGAGGGACCAUCUUCUUCUCAACACGACCUGUGUGCAGGACUGUCCCGAGGGCUACUACGCUGAUGAGGACAGCCACCGAUGUAUCCCCUGCCACAGCUCUUGUAGGACAUGUGAAGGGAGACACAGCACACAGUGCCUCUCCUGCCACCCAGGCUCGUUCCAGCUGGAAAAGGAGUGCCUGCUGCAGUGCAGGGAAGGGUAUUACGCAGAAAUCUCCACGCGGCGGUGUGAGCGGUGCAGCAAGAGCUGCAGGACGUGUGGGGGCCCGCGGCCCACCGACUGCCUGUCUUGCGACACGUUUUUCUUCCUGCUCCGCUCCAAGGGAGAGUGUCUUCGCACCUGCCCUGAGCAUUACUAUGGGGAGCAAAACACACGGACGUGGACGUGUGAGAGAUGCCACCCGACCUGCGACAAAUGCAAAGGAAAAGGAGCACUUAAUUGCUUAUCCUGUGUGUGGAGCUACCAUCUAGCUGGAGGAAUCUGCGCCUCAGACUGUCUGGUGGGAGAAUACAGAGUGGGAGAGGGGGAGAAGUUUAACUGUGAAAAAUGUGAUGGGAGCUGCGUGGAAUGCAAGGGACCUGGCACUAAGAACUGUACGGUGUGCCCUGCCAACCUGGUACUGUUUGUGGAUGACGGCCGUUGCCUACACUGCUGUAAUGGGUCCGAUUCCUCUAAUGCCCAGGACUGCUGUGACUGCCGGAACACCACAGAGGAGUGUAUCUUUCAAGCAAGUGACAUUGGGACUGCCAGUGAACAUACCAAGAUAACCCUGCUCAUCACCUCCUCCAUUAUGCUGGUGCUUCUGCUCGGGGCAGCUGUGAUCGUCUGGAGGAAAUCGCGGGGCCGAGUCCAGCCAGUGGCGAAGGCUGGCUAUGAGAAGCUGGCCAACCCUAGCAAGUCCUAUGUUUCCUAUAAGAGCAGCCAUAGUGAGAACACCAGCUUUGAAGAGGAUCAGGUGAUUGAGUAUAGGGACCGGGACUAUGAUGAGGAUGAUGAUGAUGACAUCGUCUACAUGGGCCAAGAUGGCACUGUUUACCGGAAAUUUAAGUAUGGGCUUCUAGAUGAUGAUGAUGAGGAUGAGUUAGAAUAUGAUGAUGAGAGUUACUCCUACCAGUAGACAAGAGCCCACCACCCUAUGGGGCAAUCCUGCCCCAUUCCACUCACAGGCAUGCAUGUGAAUGUUAUAGUUUGGGGGUUUUAUCCCCAUACAGUGGGCUGAUGUGUGGGUGUUUGUCUUGUCUCUUAACCAUGAGUCCAACUAGAGUAUGUAAGAGUAUGUAAGAAUGCUGAAAUAAUUUGUUCUUCUUUUGAGUGGUUAAAUUCAGUUAACCAUAACUGAGGAAUAAGGAUAAAAUUCAGAGAGAUUUCCCUCAAAAUAAUAAAUCAAAAUACAGGAAGUUUAAAAAAAGUGAGAUUUUUACAUUUCAUGAGAUUAAAAAAAAGUGGACCUUUGUUUCUGUUAGGAAUUCUGUAAAUGAUUUGGGGAGUGGGGGAUGGGGAGAGAAAAGAGUUGUUUGUUUCAGGGAAUCUUCCUCCCCUGUUAGUGUCAUCUUUAGGCAAAGGUUGGUUCUUUUUGGGUCAUCUAAAGAGGGUCCUCCUCCUUCUGCUACUUAUCACUCCCCUCCAGACUGCCCCUGAGGAGAAGAUGAUACUACCUGGGCUAAGGGGGUUCCCAACCUACUUAGAGAUGAGGAAAGAAAAGGGAGUCAGCAUCAGAGCCAAGGAGCCCUGUGCUCAAUGGGCUCUGGUUCUUCUGCAGGAAUCCACAGCCAGUCUGUUCUAGGGACAAGCAAGUUCGGGCAGAACAUAGGUAGCAGCAAGCCAGCAGGACAGAAAUCAUUACAUUUCCAAGAAUUGCAGCAUUACACACUCAUAGUUUUCUAAGAGCUUCUGCGGUGGGAAACACCCAUUGAGACAUCAAGUAAUAGAGAAAAAUGGUAGAGUUAACCUAACAUAAAUGGGGGUAAAAUGACAAGAACUGCAUCCACUCUGGAAAAACAAACAAACAACUUUGUAGCUUUCAUUGGCAGCCUGUCAUGGACCUGAGAACUCACGGUAGAAAAAGUUGGAAAGGAUUCUAACAUGGAAAAUCCCAACGCCCUGCUGGCGAGUGUUAUCCCAACCUUCUAGCACUCUCUACCUCUAGGAUCCAUUUCUAGACAUCCUAGGCUCUCCUUGGUCCACGCUCUUGUCAAGUACAGGUUCAGGUUUGUGCACUGGGCCAUUGUCUACCAACAGUAACACAAAGAGAGGGGCUCUUACCAUGUGAAAUUACAUAAACCAGGUUUUACAGAUUUUCUUGUCCAAACAGAAGUUACAGGCAGUGCUGGCAGGGGACCACAAAAAAAAAAGAAUGACAUUUUCAGACGACAAUGCUGCUCAUAAAAACAUUUAUCGCACACCUCCUAGGUAUCGAGAUAAUUCCUUUAAGAAAAAAGUCACUUCACUUAGUAUCAGGACUUCAUGGGGUUGGUACUGUUACUACCCUGUUUUUAUAGGAAACCUAAGACUUUUGAGAGGUUAAGUUAAGAGCCCAAGGUCACAGAAGGCUAAUCAGGAUUCCAGCAAAAAGAAUGACCCUGAUGGGCAUAUACUUAAUAGCUAUGCUCUACUGGCACAAAAUAAGAAGCAACCUAAAUAUAGUAUAAAAGGGUGGUUAUUAUUUUAUUUCAUGAUAUGGCAACUAUAAUAUCUUUACUAAAUUCAUGCAUUUUUCUUUUCUUUUAACAUAAUGUAUCACUGACACAGGAAAUCUCAGUGAAGAAGCCUUCAGAGUACUGAAGGCCUCCAUGUUUCUUAGGGGAGUGCUCGUAAAACAAAGGUUGGCAAACUUUUCUCUGGAAAGGGCCAGAUAGUAAAUACUUAAGGCUUUGCACAACGAUCAACUCAGCCAUACGGCACUAAUGCAGCCAAUCCAGAACAAACAAGUGGGCCACAUUCCAAUUAAACUUUAUUUAUGGGUGCUGAAAUUUGGAUUUAAGGCAAUUUCCACAAAUCAUGAAAUACUGUUCUUCUUUGAUUUUUUUUUUUUCUUCCAGAACUUAUAAAGGUAUAACCAUUCUUAGCUUGGGGAAGUUCAAAAUCAGGUAAUGGGCCAGACUGGCCAACAGCCUACAGACUGCUGACCUCAUCUUUAAACAAAAAAUCCUUAAAAAAAAAAAUCCUUAAAAAUCCAUGUGUAUUUAUACACACAUGUUUCCAACAGUUUGAUCAUUUAAAAUCAUCCCUUCCAAAUCUAUCAUCUGAAGUUCUGAUAGUGCCCUUUUUGAUUCUUAGAAAAUAAAAAUGGAUGUAGGAUAGCCAUCAUAUCAAUAGGAGACUUCUUUAUCCCUUCCCGGGUAAUUACAGAAUGUAGACUAAGCAAGAGUAAUUUUAUUCAUUCUGUGUUGGUUUUCUUCCCUGGUAAUUCUGAAGCCCUGAUAGACUGAGUUGUACAUUUCUUUGUAUAGCCUGGAAACGGUUUUCCAAGAAAAAUCUGUGUUUAUGAUACACAGUUAAAGAUUAAGUUAGGUUGAAAUGACCUUGAAUACCAAGAAAAACCUGUGUUGUUACUUUGUGUGAGCCCCAAAAAAAGGCCUGUGCUGUGUGUUGGUACAGUUUAACAUCUUUCCUUCCUUGUUCUUGGUCAUGCCACCUUAUCCUGGGGCUUCUUUUGAACACUGUGCUAACAGCUAUCUAAAAGAUAAAUAUCUGGUUGGAAAACAA